CACGUGAUGAUGACCGCCACCAUCCACUCCCAUUCAACUAUCAACAUCGUUAACAACGGGUCUACGCUCUACGUUUGACAACGAUGAGCACAGCCAUCAACCAUUUGACUGUUGCCACCAUCGUCUACCUUUGACAAUGGCGCUUCAACGUUACGCCAUUUCUUCCUCACUUCCUACGCCCAUUUCCCAUUCCCAUCUCUAUCUCCUUCCCCCAAACUCCCAAACCCUUCAUCCAAUUCACCCAAAUGGCUCCUCAAAGCUUCUACUCCGUCCUUCUUCCCAUCUCCUUCUUCCUCCAUCUCCAUUUCUCCUCCCCAAACCCCACAAUUUGUCAUUCCAAUGACUCCGAGGCCUUGCAUGACUUCCAUAGCACUUUUAGUUCUCAAAUCGAUGGAUUGCUCACCAACUGUUCGACGAAAUGCUGCACUUGCAUUGGCAUCACUUGUGACUCCUCUGGAAGAGUUGUGAAGAUGGAGCUUGAUGGGAGGAAGCUCAUUGGUCCAUUACCAAACUCAAUAGCAAGAUUGGAGCACCUCAGAGUUCUUAAUCUGUCCUCUAAUUCCCUCACUGGGUUUAUUCCCGUUGCUCUGUUUCAGCUCCCUUACUUGGAAGUUCUUGAUCUCAGUUUCAAUCAGUUCUUGGGGAGCAUCUCUACAGGUACCAUAAACCUUCCUUCCCUUCGGGUUCUUAAUGUUUCUCAUAAUUCAUUCAAUGGUGUUCUUCCUCUUGGGGUUUGUGUCAACUCCUCUAGAAUUGAGGUUCUGAAUCUUGGUUUCAAUAAGUUCAUUGGUACGAUUCCUUUUCAACUUGCUGAAUGUGUUUCCUUGAAGAGACUGCAUGUGGAAUCAAAUUUUAUCAGGGGUGGGAUACCUGAUGAGGUUUCUGGAUUGAGAAAAUUGACCCAUCUUUUUGUUCAGAAUAACAAGCUUUCUGGUUUUUUGAAUAGUGUUGUUGGGAAUCUAACAAGCCUUGUUCAGUUGGAUUUGUCAUCUAAUGAGUUUUUUGGAGAAAUUCCUGAUGUUUUUUACGACUCUGUGAAUUUGAGUUCCCUUGUUGCUGUGUCAAAUAGGUUUAGUGGGAAGAUACCCAAUUCAUUGUCAAACUCUCCUUCACUCACUGUCCUAAAUUUGAGGAACAAUUCAAUAGGGGGAACUCUUGAUCUUAAUUGUUCAGCAAUGACAAGCCUGGUUACACUUGACUUAGGGACUAACAGGUUUCAUGGAUCUAUACCUAGCAAUCUUCCCUUUUGUACUCAACUGAGUAGCAUAAACCUUGCUAGGAACAAGCUCGGCGGUCAGAUCCCCGAAAGCUUUAGGAAUUUUCAGAGCCUAUCAUAUUUAUCACUUACGAACACGAGCAUUGUUAAUGUUUCGUCUGCGCUUAAUGUCUUGCAACAUUGUCAGAAUUUGAGUACUGUGGUUCUUACCUUUAACUUCCAUGGUGAAGUGUUGGGAGAUGAUCCUAUCAUGCAUUUCAAGAGCCUCCAAGUUUUUAUAAUUGCUAAUUGCGGAUUGAAGGGAAUGAUACCCCAGUGGUUGAGAGGUUCUAACAAGUUGCAGCUGUUAGAUUUGUCAUGGAACCAUCUUGGAGGAAAUAUUCCAUCCUGGUUCGGCCAGUUUCCGUUCUUGUUUUACUUGGAUUUAUCUAAUAAUUCAUUCACUGGAUAUAUCCCGAAAGAGAUGACUGAAAUAAAGAGUUUCGUCCACAGAUACUUCUCACUUGAUGACCCUUCCUCACCGGAUUUUACUCUGUUUGUGAAAAAAAAUGGAAGUGGAUUGCAGUACAAUCAAUUAUCAAGAUUUCCUCCCACUUUGAAUCUCAGCCUCAACAAUCUCAGUGGGCCAAUCUGGCCAGAGUUUGGGAAUCUUAAGGAGCUUCUAGUUCUUGAUCUGAAAAACAACAACUUGUCGGGGUCAAUUCCGAGCAGCCUCUCUGGGAUGGUUAGCUUAGAGACUCUGGAUCUUUCUCACAAUAAUCUUUCAGGAAUAAUUCCACCAUCACUGCAAAAGCUCAAUUUCUUGUCUAAGUUCAGUGUUGCAUACAAUCAUUUACAUGGGGUGAUUCUUAAAGGAGGCCAGUUUCACACCUUUGGGAAGUCUAGCUUUGAAGGAAACAAUUUUUGCGUUCAAGACGUAUUAUGUGCAUCAAUUGACCGAGAUCCUCUAGUACCAUCCCACAAAUCAAGAAUGGUUAUAUGGACUAUUAUAUGUAUGGUUAUCGGUAUUGUGUUCGGAAUCGUGUUUCUUGUAACUCUUGUGGUUGUGUUUAUACUUCGGGCACCUCGAGGAAGAGUUGGAGAUCCUGAACACGAAGUGUCUAACAUUGACGAUAAUGACUUGGAGGAGGAAGUCAAGGAAGGAUUGGUAGUUUUGUUCCAAAACAAUGACAAUGGAAGUCUCUCGCUCGAGGACAUUUUGAAAUCGACGAAUGACUUCGAUCAAGAAAAUAUCAUCGGAUGUGGGGGUUUUGGUUUAGUUUACAAAGCCAACCUUCCUGACGGUAGAAAGGUCGCUAUAAAGCGGUUGUCUGGUGACUGUGGUCAAAUGGACAGAGAAUUUCGAGCAGAAAUCGAAACUCUUUCACGUGCACAGCAUCCAAAUCUUGUUCUUCUUCAGGGGUAUUGUAUGUAUAAAGCUGAAAGGCUUUUGAUUUUUUCUUUUAUGGAGAAUGGUAGCUUAGAUUACUGGUUACAUGAAAGACCUGAUGGCCCAUCUUGCCUUGACUGGGAUACUAGACUGCAGAUUGCUCGGGGGGGCACCGAGGGGCUGGCCUAUUUGCAUCAAUCCUGCGAACCCCGUAUCCUCCAUCGAGAUAUAAAGUCGAGUAACAUUCUUUUAGACGAAAAUUUUAAAGCUCAUUUAGCUGAUUUUGGUCUUGCUAGACUCAUUCUUCCCAAUGCUACCCACAUAACAACCGAUCUAGUUGGUACCUUGGGCUACAUUCCACCCGAGUAUGGACAAUCCUCAGUUGCGACCUACCAAGGCGAUGUGUACAGUUUUGGAGUUGUUCUGUUAGAGCUUUUAACUGGUCAAAGGCCAAUCGAUAUGUGCAGGUCAAAAGGACUUCAAGAUUUGGUCUCUUGGGUGUUCGAGAUGAGGAAUGACAGAAAAAUAAGCGAGGUGUUCGAUCCAUUAAUAUACGACAAGAAGAACGAGAGGGCAAUGGCUGAAGUUCUUGAUAUAGCAUGCCUUUGCUUGUGUAAGGUACCUAAAGAGAGGCCUUCAACACAACAGCUAGUUUCUAGGCUUAAUACAGUAAGUUAAAUCUCCCAAGCUUUUCUAGGCACAUUUUAGUUUACUACAUACACUCCACACACACUAAUUCAAUGGAAGAUGCGAAGCUUCAUUUUUUAGAUUAAUAAAAACGAAUUUUUAACACAAGUCCUUAUAUUCUUAACAUUUUAAAAGAUAGUCCUUCACCAACUGUUAUGCUCAUAUUGACAAAUAUAAGAUAGUCUAUGAUGGAUCAUAUUCAUGCAAAACGUAUUAUAAUUUAUGCAAACAUAAUCAUCUAGCUUCUCUAAUUACGCACGAGGAUAACCCUUAUUUAUUUUUACACGCCUU